ACACAACGGCAGCCUAUGAACCAAGUCCAGUACUGGUGGCACCACCUUUGCUUUCGCUCCCCGUAACCGUCCACUCACUCACUGCGCUGCUCUCGUUUCUUUUUCCCCGUUAGUUGUUGCCCCUCCGCCCGUGUUUUCCACCAGUCCUCGCCCUCGAGGGAGCAGAAGUAGAAGAAAGAACAGCAGUCUCCUCAACUCGCAAGUCUCGUCAGUCGUCAGCCAGCAUUCGUCAGCGCUUUUCGAAGGAGGAAAAUCGUCAGGAGAUGUCGCGGUCGGCUGUCUUGAAGUCAGGGAUAGGCGCAUUGGCGUUGGUGGGCGUGGUGACCUUUGUGUUUUACCAGCGACCUCUUCAAAUAACAGUGCUCAGCCCUUCAACUGAAGUCAACAAGGGAUCCAGUGAUUCCAAACGAGAGAAUUCCCAUGUGAAACUUUGCCCAAUGCCUGCUUAUGUCAGCCCCGAAGCAUUCCUGGCUUACGAAAAACAAAAGCAAUACGAAUGUAAGAAACUGGAAUACUUUGGAGUUGGUGACGGUAGCAAAGGUGUAUGUAAGGACCCAGUCUUCAGUCUUAACAAAAAUAAUUGCAAAGUUCUCUCCUUCGGCAUCAGUCAGGACUGGACGUUUGAUGACGCCUUUGGAGUCUUUGGCUGCAAGGUGUACAGUUUCGACCCAACAAUUGGGAAAGAAGACCACCAACAUGCACCAAAUGUUCAGUUCUUCAACCUGGGCAUUAGCAACAAGGCGGAAACUGCAAGAAAGCUCGACACAUAUGAAAACAUUCUGAAGAGACUCGGCCUAUUGGACUCCGUGAUCGACUACCUCAAAAUGGAUGUUGAACUUGCCGAGCUGAGCUUCUUUGAUGAUAUUUUCAACAACACGCCACACCUAUUGACGAACAUCAAGCAGAUUGGCAUGGAAACGCAUUAUGGUGGGAAAGGCUUAAAAGAACGCUUCUGGGACUAUUACCAUCGCCUUGCUUGUUACGGCUUCAAGGUCAUGGACGCUCGGCAAUACAGUGGACGCACUGAGAUAGUCUGGGGACGUCCUUAGUCUGGAGCCCAACACGCAGUAGGAGGAGCAAAAUCGUUUUGAUCUGUACAAGAAGAAAGGCAAGCACUUUGAAGGCACUUGCGAUGUCAGGAGAGCUGACUGUACUAUAUAUACUAUAUAUAACAGUAGAAAGUCUAUUAAGUUCCAUGCACAAACUUUGUUUAAAUUUUAUAAUGAUAUAAGUAAAUACGUGUUGUU